ACGUUUGCUGACAGUUGUGCUUUGUUAUCGUGCAGAAUAUUUUCCACUUAUUUUAGAAGAACAAAAUUUUCGUGUAUUAGUGCAGUCAGAUUUCAUAUGGAUAUAAGACAUGAAGCGAAGUCCGCAAUGGAAAUCGUUAAUAUUCCUCCGAUUGUAUCAACAUAUAGACAGGCAUUGCAUACUUUCGAUGACAAGUACAAAAACGAUCUUAAUACAAACUUACUUAAGCUCAAAUCUAUGAUGAAUAAUUUAAAAGCGGAAGAUUUAGGAUACGAUAAUACUCUUAGUGACCCGGGGACUUGGCGGAGACCGAACAAGGCACCUUGUACAUACGUGGAAGUGUUUCAAAAUAGUCUUGUGAAUAUGAGCAUAUUUGUUUUGAAGCCGGGUUUUAAAAUGCCAAUGCAUGACCAUCCACAUAUGCACGGACUACUGAAGGUGAUCGCGGGUGCUGUACGCAUAAGGAGUUUUACCGAAUUCCCGCUGAAAGAAGCGGUUAAUGAAAUAGAUUUCGCAAUACGUGCCAAACACGAAGCCGCUCGUAUCGCGCACGGAAUUCAUAAACGGAGAAGAUUAUUUGCGACAGUAUCACAAGACUCAAUAUGUGCAGCGAAUAGUGAAACUUGUGUUCUAACACCAACAAUAUCAAACUAUCAUGAAAUAGAAGCAUUGGAAUUUCCGGCUGCAUUUUUUGAUAUACUUUCCCCACCUUAUGAUACCUUGAUAGAGAAUAUUGGGCCUAGAAGAUGUAGAUAUUAUUAUGUAGCAAAUGAAAUUAGCACCAAUUUAGUUGAAUUACAAGAAACAAAAGUGCCAGAUUGUUUUUAUUGUGAUCAAGUACCAUACUUAGGUCCAUAUCUUGGGUAAGAAAUAAAUGUAAUUAUAAAUACAUGUUAAUUUUAAUGUUGAAGUUUACACAGUAUGUUACCACAGUAUAUUACAACUUCUAUCUUGUUAGUUUUGUUAUUUAAAUUUAAUGACAAUAAUUUUGAAAUGGUUAUGACACUAAAUAUACCUACUCGUUAUUGUUUGCUCUUGUGGUUAUUGAACAGAUUAUUAAUAGUAACCAUAGAAGGAUCACAACUGAACUAUUAUAAGUGAGUAAUUUGGCUUAGAGAGAAACCUCUAUGAGUAAUGUCACUGCCCCUUUAUUUCUUGCUUAUGACAGUUCAACUAUAUUCAGACAAUAUUUAAAAAUAAAUGAAUAGACACAUAAGGCACAAAGUUUUGUCAACAAAAUCUUUCUGAAGCAUCAAUCAAUUAUGAAUCAAAAGCAAAACUAGUAAUGUCCAGUUGUGUCAAUUUUUCAAACUGAUAUGAUAGAAAAUAUAUAUAAUAUUUUUUAAUAAUAUCACUGAAGUGCAUAGAAUGGAUAUGCAGACUAAAUUGAUAUAUAAACACGGCUAAACACUCACGUAUAUUCGUCCGGUGGCGGCACCGACUAGUUUCGAGCCCAUCGGGGGCCCUUCUUCAGUGAGUGACGGGCUGCGUCCACGAAAUAAUACCAGUACCACUCAUUCUGAAGUAGGGCCCUUGAUGGGAUCAAAACUAGUUGGUGCUGACACCGGACGGAUAUAUAUGAGUGUUUAGUCGUGUUUAUAUAUCAGUUUAGUAUAAUGUCUCACGAAAGUUUGAAUAAUUUGAUAUGCAGACUACUAUUGGUCUUGGUUUUGAAUACAUUUUUAUGAAGCCUUGAGCUUAGAUAGAAUGAUUACUAAACAUAUUACUUAAU